AAGACGGCGACAGCGCAACUACAUAUUAAGAAAGAAUGAUUCUCUUCUCGUCUCGCCUCGCUUACAUUUUCCUUCUACAAGACAACCUACGCGCUUUGCUUUGCCCUUUCUUUAUACUCACCUCUUGCCGGAAUUCUUUUUUCACUUUCCCCAGAACUGCAACAAGAUAUUUAGCAUAACUCUAAAACAUAAUGGGUUGCUUCUCUUGUUGUGAGGAUGAUGACAUGCAGAAGGUUGCUGGUCAUGGACCAUACACCACACCCCACACUGCAGGCAAUCCUGCAGGCUAUCGUGCCACCGAAGCAACACCAAAGGACAGAGAGACUAUUAAUAUGCAGCCUAUAGCUGUCCCUGCAAUUCCAGUAGAUGAAUUAAAGGAUAUUACAGAUAAUUUUGGUUCAAAGUCUUUGAUUGGUGAAGGAUCCUAUGGCAGGGUGUAUCAUGGAGUGUUGAAAAAUGGACAGGCAGCAGCAAUUAAAAAGUUAGACUCUAGCAAGCAGCCUGACAAAGAAUUUUUAGCACAGGUCUCUAUGGUGUCGAGACUAAAGCAUGAAAAUGUGGUUCAACUACUUGGUUAUAAUGUAGAGGGUGGCCUAAGAGUUCUGGCUUAUGAGUAUGCUCCAAACGGAUCCUUACAUGACAUUCUUCAUGGACGGAAAGGCGUCAAAGGGGCACAGCGAGGGCCAGUUCUAUCAUGGGUCCAAAGAGUUAAAAUUGCUGUUGGGGCCGCAAAAGGAUUGGAAUACUUGCAUGAGAAGGCAGAGCAUCAUAUUAUUCAUCGUGACAUCAAGUCGAGUAAUGUUUUACUUUAUGAUGAUGAUGUUGCUAAGAUUGCAGAUUUUGACUUGUCAAAUCAAGCCCCUGACACAGCAGCCCGUCUCCAUUCCACUCGUGUUCUUGGGACUUUUGGUUAUCAUGCCCCCGAGUAUGCGAUGACUGGCCAGCUAAGUUCCAAGAGUGAUGUUUACAGUUUUGGCGUGGUACUCCUCGAACUCUUAACUGGCCGUAAACCGGUGGAUCAUACACUGCCGAGGGGACAGCAGAGUCUUGUGACAUGGGCAACGCCAAAGCUAAGUGAAGACAAGGUAGACCAGUGUGUGGAUGGUAGACUCGGAGGGGAUUACCCGCCUAAGGCUGUUGCAAAGAUGGCUGCAGUUGCUGCCUUGUGUGUGCAAUAUGAAGCAGAUUUCCGCCCCAACAUGAGCAUUGUAGUAAAAGCUCUCCAGCCUCUGCUAAAUACUUCCAACAGGAACACCCACUUGUGAAUUCCUUUUCUUUGUUAUGGGAAGUCUACUUUGUUUCUUUUUGAUAGUCAUUCCUACCAAGUGUUGAAUUAUAUAGAAAUAGUCAGCAUUCUUUUGUUGGCAGAUUGCGACUUUCUAUUAAUGGAUCAAAUAUUAUUGUUUUAUUUAA